AUGUUUACAAAGACAUUGAAAUACAUUAUCCUAGCCUUUCUUAUAUCAACUCAUAAAACAUUACCGUUUGCAUAUGUGAUUCGUUUCUAUUACCAAGCUUUCCGUGGGUUCUUUGCCCAUAGAUUCCAUUACAAUGCUACUAAGAAGAAUUCCUUUGGCUAUGAUUCACCUAAAGAUUUGUUCACCUGGGUUACUUUGAAUUCCUAUGUUACUCCAUUAGAAAUAGAUAUGUACAUGCAUAAACUGAACUCAACUUACUUUUUGGAUUUGGAUAUUGCUAGAACCAAAUUGUUGACCAGAUUAUUUCAAACUUACUGGUGGUCUUGCUAUGAUAAUGAAAAUGGCAAAUUUAAAAAGUCUCAUACUUUAGCCAAUGUCCCAUACGUGCCAGUUGGAACUGUUCAAUGCCAAUUUAAACGCGAAUUGAAACCGUUUGAAAAAUAUAAAAUUAGCUCAAGAAUAUUAGCCUGGGAUAGGAAAUGGUUAUUCGUCAUUUCUAAAUUUGUAACUGCUGAGAAUAAAGUUAAUGCGAUUGCAAUUACCAAAUAUGUUUUCAAAGUCGGUCGUCUUACUAUUGCCCCGGAAGAGUAUCUUAGACACUGUAACUUCUUGAACGAAGAAAAUGAAAGAAUUAACGAAAAGAACUUUCAAUUGGUUAAGUAUUUAGUUGACGUCGAAGAUAUAGAGAAGAUAGCUGAAGCCGCUACAUAA